AUGUUUGCUGGCCUUCGCAGCUUCAGGUUUGCCGACCGGCUCUAUUUCGGCAGAGAAACGUUGUACCUGCCUGAUGGCGCGCAGGUGUCGCUCGACAGGGUCAUUUCGAAAGCCCAGUUUGCCAAAGAGCCCGCCUCAGACGGCCAAUUGCCCGACUUCACCAGACGGCUCACUGCUGCAGAGCUGCAAGAGUUUUCUAAUUCGGCCAAGCCAAUUUUCCUCGUACUGCACGGCCUGUCGGGCUCGUCGUCCGAGUCCUACAUCCGGUGUCUUUUUGCGAGAAUGCCCGACUUCGAGUGCAUGGUGCUGAACAGCCGUGGCUGCGGCAAGACGCCGCUCACCACGCCGGUGCUGUUUAAUGGUUUCUGGACGUACGACCUCAAACAUACGGUGCUGCGGCUGCGCAAGGCGUUCCCUGAACGGCCGAUCUACGCGGCAGGCUUCUCGCUCGGCGGCAGCAUCCUGGCCAACUACGUCGGUCAGACAGGCGAAGACUCCGGGCUUGAUCUCGCCGUGGUGGUCGCCAACCCGUGGGACCUCAACCACUCGAGCUUCGUGUUUGAAAAUGACUUUAUUGUCGACAAGAUCUACUCGCCCAUCAUGACGGUGCCUCUCAAACAGAUGAUUAAGAGCCACUACAAGAAACUGAGCGAAAACCCAGAUUUCGAGCCGAUGUACAAACAGCAUUUCCGCCACGUGAACAGCAUCAAGUCUUUCGAUAACGCGUUCACGUCGCGGCUGUUCGGCUUCAACUGUGCGUCCGAGUACUACCGCAGCGCGGCCUCCAUCACCAAGGUGUUCAACAUCCGUACACCGACACUUGUGCUGAAUGCGCUGGACGACCCGAUCGUCGGCGGCGACGAGCAGGCGCUGCCGCUCAAGGAGACCACGCUGCAGCCGUACCUGGUGACGGUGUGCACGACGCUGGGCGGGCAUUUGGGCUGGUUCCGCUGGAACAACGAGCGGUGGUAUGCGCGGCCGCUGAGCAGGUUUCUCAACGAGUUCCACGCGGCACAGCUUGGCAAACCGUCCGUGGACGCGCGGUUCCUGCCUGUGAAGAAAAGAGUCGUUAACGACACGCUACUCUAG